GCACCGACGCUGACUGUGGGGCAGGGAUGCUGCGCUGUUCGCGAUAAAUGACUUCACUUUGAGCUGCAGGGCUUCAAAGCAUGGAAGGCUGCGGACCAGGAGCAGGAGCGCACACACUCUGCUUACACACGCUGUGGAUGCAAUGAGUCUGGCUGUUGGGGAAAGAUGUAGACCAACAACUUAAUACUUUUUUCAGGUUAAAAAAUGUAGUCUUUUCAUUCAGCUCAGAGAGACGCAGCUAAACCAGAGUUCUCAGGCUCUUUGAAUAGAUAUAUAUAUAUUUUUCAUUCAAAAAAAUCAAAACCAGCCACAAUCAGGAUCAUGGAUGUGACAAUGGAUGGGAUUGACGCGGCGACUGCAAGAGCUCUGUUGGUGGCAUGUGUGACUCUGUUGUUCUCCCUCCACCUGUGUCGGUGGCUCCGGCAGCGCUCGAUCUCGUUCGUUCCCGGUCCCUUCGCCUGGCCGGUCAUCGGAAACGCUGCGCAAAUGGGCAAAAUGCCUCACCUGUAUUUGACACGCAUGGCGAAGAAAUAUGGCGCAGUCUUCCAGAUCAAACUGGGCAACCGGGCCGUCGUGGUGCUGACCGGGGACUCAAUAAAGCAGGCGCUGGUCAAGCAGGGACUCGAAUUUGCCGGCAGACCGGACUUCACCUCUUUCAAGUUCAUCUCCAACGGGAACAGCCUCGCGUUUGGCACCGUCAGCGACUGGUGGAAGGUGCACCGCAAAGUGGCCCAUUCAACCGUCCGGAUGUUUUCCACCGGGAACCCGCAGACUAAAAUGGCAUUUGAGCAGCACAUCCUCUGUGAGGUGAAGGAGCUGCUGCAACUGUUCGUGGAGAAGACGAAGGAGAACCGGUAUUUCCAGCCCAUGACCUAUCUGGUGGUAUCCACGGCCAACAUAAUGAGCGCAGUGUGCUUCGGGAAGAGGUACUCCUAUGAGGACGAGGAAUUUCAGCAGGUGGUGGGCAGGAACGACCAGUUCACCCAAACUGUGGGCGCAGGGAGCAUAGUGGACGUGAUGCCGUGGCUUCAGAACUUCCCCAACCCUAUCAAGACCAUCUUUGAAAACUUCAAGAGACUGAACAUGGACUUCAGCGAAUUCAUUCGAGACAAAGUCGUUGAACACAGAAAAACAAUCCAGUCAAGCACCACGAGGGACAUGACGGAUGCUUUUAUAGUGGCGCUGGACCAAAUAAGAGAUAAAACGGGAAGCUCACAUGAGAAAGACUAUGUGGCUCCCACAGUUGGGGAUAUAUUUGGAGCCAGUCAAGACACACUGUCGACUGCCCUGCAGUGGAUCAUCCUCAUUCUUGUCAAGUAUCCUGAGAUGCAGGUACGUCUCCAGCAGGAGGUGGACAAAGUGGUGGACCGCAGCCGCGUCCCCUCCAUCGAGGACCAGCUGAAGCUGCCUUACGUCAUGGCCUUCAUCUACGAGGUGAUGCGCUUCACGAGCUUCGUCCCUCUCACCAUCCCCCACUCCACCACCGCAGACACCUCCAUCAUGGGCUACGCCGUACCAAAGAACACGGUCGUCUUCAUCAACCAGUGGUCCAUGAACCACGACGCAGCCAUGUGGUCCCACCCGGAGACCUUUGCCCCCGAGCGGUUCCUGAACCAGGAGGGCGCGCUGAACAAGGACCUGACCAGCAACGUGCUCAUCUUCUCCCUGGGAAAGAGGCGGUGCAUCGGCGAGGAGCUGUCCAAGCUGCAGCUGUUCCUCUUCACGGCCAUCAUAGCGCAUCAGUGCAACAUUUCGGCGGACCCGGCCAGGCCGCCCACACUGGACUACAACUACGGCCUGACUCUCAAGCCUCACGCUUUCUCCAUAGCGGUGACUCUGCGUGAGGACAUGACGCUGCUGGAGGCGGCCACCAGCCAGACAUUCCCCGAGGGCAGUGAAGGCAAAAACACAGAAAAACUAUAGGUCAUGUUUGUGGCUGAAGAGUAUAUUUAUAACCUGAAGCUCUUAUCCUGUACACAUUGUUUUAAAUGCUUAACAUGGCAGAGCUGAGAAUGAUUAAACAGUUGCGAUCACUGUUUACUGACUUACGUCUAAUUAGUGCCAGACAGAAACGGACGUGGCUUCUUUUCUCCAGUAGACAUGGGUAUGUGUGACGCACGCCACGUCCCCUGGUGAUCUUUAUGUGAACGCCACUGCUGCAAUAAUUUAUUGAAAAGAAGCGCCAAGCUUGUGCACGGACACAACGUCGUAGAGUUGUGAAUAUAGUUUUGGUGUCAAGCUUUCAGAGGACCCCUUUACAUUUGGCCUCCGCGUUUUAUUCGUUUUCUUCUUGUGACAUUUGAAGGGUUUAAAAAAAUAAAAUUAAGAUGACAUUUAAGUGACAAAAGUAAUGUGCAAAUAUCAGUAUCCUGAAUGAUGAACGGGUGAAUAAGCUCAUGGAGCGCAUGAACCCUCGAGACCUUGUGUAUGCUAUUAUAAACUGGUUCAGUGCUAACGUGUAGUUUUUGAUAUACAUGUGUAGAUACUCAGGAAUAAGGCUCUGAAAAAGCCAAAUGCUAUUUGAACCAUGGCUCUUGAGAGCCUGCUAAUAUAUUCUGAAACCUAAUGUAGAUGCUGUUUGAAAAGCAGGGGGAGCAGAAAGACUUUCCGGUGCACGUAUGAAAAUAUUAAAGCAGUGUUAUUACAUUUAUUACAUUAUGACAUUUAUUUCGCUUUUGGUUCAACUUUGAAUGUUCUGCUGCUCUAAGGAAGCUCUUUCACACUUUUUUUUUUAACUUAUCUUCAUAUCAUCUCUAGAUUAAUUUAUCUCAGCAAUGCACUGACUGCAAAGGUUUGGAUUCUGUUUUUUUCUUCUCUGGAUUAAUAUAAUUUGACUUUUAAUGACAAGGUUGGUUGGUUGUAUCCAAAAAAAUCACAAUGUCUGGAAGUAGAAGGAUAAUGUUUGUGAAAUUCUUUAAAAUUGUUGAUCCUAUAGUCUCUUGGUAAGAUCUAAGGCACAAGGAAGAUUGACGACAAACACGACUUCCAUUUAGACAAUUUAACUUGUCUGGUUUACAAACGUUUAAAGUCUUGGCUAUAAUCAGCAAAAAGCAAGAAAUGCCUUCAAAUAUCCAAAAAAUGAUUUAAAAAUGUCGCUUUUCUGACUCUUCUUCGAUCUGCUAGCCUGAAAAUGGUUUUGAAUGUGACUGUACAGCUUCAUAAUAAACAGACCCUGCUGUUAACGCA